AUGACGUCUCUUCCAUUACCAAUAAAACUACCAUGUUGGGUCCGAGCCAUAUAUUCUUGGUCUGGCGAAGAAAAAAAGGAUCUGGGGUUUAUUGAAGGUGAUCAUAUUGAAGUUAUCAAUACAGGAGAUGGUAACUGGUGGAAUGGCCGCUUAAAAAGAAACAAACUUGUUGGAUCUUUCCCUUGUAACUUUGUGGAAUAUGUCAAUCCUGAAGAUUCAUCAGGUAUUCGGGCUUUUGAACAGCAACCGUCACCAGUUUUACGAGCACAUUCAACUGGAUCACGUUCAGUGCAUUCUACAAUGAACAUGAAUUAUAUCGAACAACCGCAAUAUAUUAGACAUAGUUCUCAAAGCUAUCACCCUGAGGACCAAGUUUAUGAUUAUGAACCUGUGUAUCAGUACAAUAACAAUAACAAUAACAACAAACAAACUUACGAUUACAACCCUAAUACACAAGACAUUGUUUCUAUUUCAGAUGGUAGAUAUCAACAAGCAAGGCCAACAACGACUUAUGAGGUUUAUGAAGACAGGUCAGUACGAAGCAUUCAACCUGAAGAUCAGUUUCAACAACGCGCUUCUCGCUACCAAUAUCAAGAUGAAAAGGCUAUCUACAAACAAAAUAAUGUGAUUGUUCAACAAGAGUACUACCAACCGGCUUACCAACAACCCCCUGAACAACAAUACUAUCAACAGCCAAAAGAACAAGUGGUAUAUCGUCAAUAUGCUGAAGAACCCCAACAUACAGAUCAAUAUUCUCCUUACAGCGAAAGUUAUGUAGACGAAGAUUAUGAUUAUGACGACCAAAAUGAUUUCAACAGAACUAUCAAAGCUUCCAACAACUAUGUUGGACAGUCCCCGAUGCCCCCUCCUCACAGGACUGUUCGGGGGGAAUAUGAUGACCAUGCUCGCCAAUAUGUUGAGCAACAACAACCCAAUGAGUCUUAUUUCGAAGAAUACCAAAACGAAAACUUUGGUGGCAAAUAUUAUGCUGAACCAAUGCAACAGGAACAUUCGCUCGUUUCCGCAAACUCCCUCCAGGAAAGAUCAGGGAAAUACCAUGACCGUACUCCUUCACCCUUGCGAAAUGCAAUGGACGAUGUUUUAAACAGCUUGGAUAACCUUGAGCUUGCUUCUUCUGUCGCUUCUUCACCUACUAAAAGGGUUGGACAAAAUCUUAGACAACCUUCUAGUCCAUUAAAAAACCAGGCUAGUUAUCACUCUACAUCUCCCUCACCAUCACCUACUCCUUCUCGACCCCGUUCUGAGUCCAAGCCUAAUCAACCUAGAGCUUCAACUUCACCUUCUCCAUCUAGAAGUCCCAAAAGAAAGCCUGUUCGAAGUUCUAUGAUUCUUCCAGAUGAUGAACCUAAAAGUACUUCUCCUAGGCCGAAUACUCCUCCCACUAAAGUUAAUCCACCCCAUCCUCGCACACCAACAACCUUAAGGCCCAAACAAAAUGAAAAUACAGUUGACUCUGAUUCAGACGAGGCGCCUUUUGAUCCUCAUUCUUACAACUCUUCUCCUGCUAAAUCCAUCGAAACUUCAAGUAGAAUUUCUCCUGUCCGACGAACCUCUCCUGAUCAAGUUGCUAGAAAUGACACCUACAAAAGCGUUUCAACAGUCAAUACAGCUUCUCUUUCCAUCGCUAGUUCCAGUACAAACCCUACAACAUUCAGUACAUCAUCUGCUGGGUCCCUUGGCAGUCAAUUAAAGCAACGCAAAGAAGCUUACUAUCGAAUGGAAGCCGGACCAGGACUAUUCGAUAGCACCAAUAAUAUGGCAGAUCACAGUGAAGUUCCCGUUGCUCUCCCUACAAAUACUUCCCCAGUUAAUCAAAAGGGCAAUGGCAAACUAUCCACUACUGCUCAGCUUAAAAAGUCUACCGGGUUUCUCAAAAAGUUUUUUGGUGGUAAAAAUCGUUCAGAAAACAAGGAAAAUUAUAACGGCAGAAACUCAUCUCUUGGAUUUUCUGGGAGAAAAUCCGCUUGUAGUAACUUGACUGGUGAUGAAUCAGCAGGAAGUUAUUUUGAUGUUUCUCCUAAAAAACUAAAUAGCAGCGCACAAUCCAUCAAAUCCACUCGCUCUGCAUCAAGUCUUUCUUUGAAAAAUACCUUGCGCAAAGUAUCCAGCAAAACCACGUUGGCUGGCAGAAAUGCCUUUUCAUCUCUUGACUUUCAUUCAGGUGGUAAUCCUGCGGGUAUCAGCCGACAAAAUAUUGAAAUGGAUCCAUUAUCUCGUACCUCUUCCAAAGCAGGUGUUCAUGAUACCACUCGUUGGAUUGAAAUUUACCGUAAUGUUCAUCGAACAAACACUCUUACCAAAACCGAACGAGAAAAUAGGAAAAUGCGCCCUCAGUGCGAUGGCAGUCGGUCUCUCGAGCCAAUUAAGGCUCUUCAAAAAACCGGAAACGAGACUGUUGAUGGAGGCAUCAUCCAUGGUGAUGGUCCAUUAGGACCGAUUCUUAAUUCUAGAGACUUUGGUCCAGUCGACAAUAAGAUCUUUAGUAUUGGGUCUUGGCCAUAUAUUGUUCCUGGAGAUCUUGCUCGCGGAUACAUUGCUUCUAGAUUUACCGAUCCUUUAGACCAGACUCGAGCUGCCUUUGAUUUCUGUUCUGCAAAGUUGAGAUGGGAGUCUGCCUUGGGAGAUAAUGAUGAUGGCGACUAUGGGCAUGAGAGAUACCGCGGAGAAUUUCAAGGAGGAUCUUCGGAAUAUCUAGGAUCAAGUAUUAGUAUGAAUGCUUUAUCAAGAGUUAUGCAAACUCGCCGUGCAUCAUCAAUUGAUAUAGCUCACACCUUUAAACAAAUGUGCGACGCUCUUGAUAUCUACUGUGAGGUGAUUCCAGGUUAUCUUAAAGGCAUUGGCGAAAUUUGGCUUCAUCCUGGUAUCCCUCGACCUAAUCAUUAUUGGAAUGCCGUUGUCAUUAAUGGCUGCUGGCGCAUGGUUGAUGCCAGUAUUGCUAACCCAUCUUUCCCCACUCGUCACAUUUACACUCGCUGUGAAGAGCAGCUCCCUGAAUACUUUUAUUUCCUUACCAGACCUAAGGAUUUGAUUUAUACCCAUGUGCCCUUCAAUCUUGCCCAAGAGCAUAUUGUUCCCCUUUUAUCGCAUGAAAAUGCAAUUGCCCUUCCCUUGGCUGGUCCUUCGGCAUUUACCUUUAACAUUGAACCAAUCAACUUUUCAACUUCACUUACACGCUUGGAAGGACUCGAGGCUGCUGAAAUUGAAUUUGCAGUCCCACCCGAAGCUGAGAUUCUUGCCGAGGUUGUUGCCGGCAACUUCCCUGCAGGCUCAGCGGGUACAUUGGUUUUGGGGAAUACCAUGGAACAGCGAGAAACAAAACCUGCAUUGGCUCAGGUUUUUUGGGAAGAUGGUUCUGAUGAGAGAUAUUAUCGUGUUAAAGCCAUUCUUCCACAAACCCAUCGUCAGGGUGCACUUAGUAUUUACAUUGGUGCCCGUGGAAUUCUUCAAUCCGUCAAAAAGAAUGUUCUAUCUCUUGCAUUUUCGUUCCCGAUUGUUCACACUGGUGAAAACCCCGCCUUCAACUUUGUGAUCCGCCACCCCACGCCUCACUCAGAUAAGCACGAUAUAUACAUCAAUGAGCCGCAGUGCCGGGAUCUCAUUUGUGGAAACACGUAUGUAUUCUCCAUGAGGCAGCAUGUUUCAAGAGUGGAGUAUCAAAGCCCAAGCAAGAGCAGAGCUUCCACACCAUCAGGUCAUAGAAAAGGCCGCAGUAUGGAUUUGACACGUCUGCAGAGCUCAGCAAGUAACUCAAGUAAUUUGACGAUGCAUGGUUCCAAACGUGCCUCUACCAUGAGCUUUAACAAUGUAUUAGCUCAGCAACAAACCUUACAAAGCACUUCAGGAACCCAACGGGUUAAAAUGGCACUUCAGGCUCCUAACGGGAAAAUUCUUAAGCUUCAACGUACAGAACAAUUCCCUGAUGGUUCUGGGUUAUUUGAAGGCACGGCAAAGUGUACUGAGCCUGGUACUUGGCGUGGUCUUAUCAUUUCUGAUUCUGGUAAUGCUUGGAGUGUUUUUGCAGAAUGGACCUGUGCUUGA